GUUAAUGCGUUUGAUAAUUGACCAAGCGCUCAUUCCUGCGGGCAGGCGGCGUGCCCAGGCGUAGCGGCUGGCGAGGAGGGACCCCGCUCGGCUGCUCCUCUGCACCCCGAGAACUUGUGGCCAUGCCUGCUCACUACCUCCUCUUCCUCCUCCUGGGAUUGCUCCUGGUGCCGGAGCCUGCCUGCUGCCAGGAAGCCCGGGGCCCUCUCCAGCCGUGGUCACAGGGUGUCAUUGCAGUGGUUGUGUUUCUAACCCUGGUGGCCAUUGUUUUUCUGGUCAACAGGUUCUGGUGUAAGAAAAAAGUACAAAAUGCUGAGACAGUGGUGAGCGCUGAGGACAAGCCAGAGGCUGUCGUGUCCAAUGGCCGCGAAGGGACAUACUUAAGUGGUGCAGCUGACUUCAGGUCCAAAGAGAACCAGCAUGCCUACGAGAACACCCUGGAGCCUGAGGAGAAGGUGAUCACCACAGCCAUGUAGCAGAAGCCCUGUCUGGCUGCCCUCCUCUCUGCUCUCCCCUCCCGCUGUCGCAAUGGGCAUUCUCACGCAGCCCCUCUGCACCAGGUCCCCUGUGUGCAGCGGCUCCUCAGUCUCCCCACGGAACCACUGUCUCUUAAUCUUUUCCCUUCCUGCCUGUGGAAUGUGCUCUUUUGCCUCAGGAGCUGGAAUCUAUGUGGGUACUGGCCCGCAGGAGAGGUCCAGAGGUGUCACCUCUCCUAUCCAGUGGUCACCCCAUGUUGUUGGUGAGAUUGAUGUCCCUGUUUCCAGUGGAGUGCUGACUUGCUCCAUAAAUGGAAGAGUCCCCAUUGGGGGCCUGGGACUUCCCUGCACUUCCACCCACCUUCCAAGGAGCUGCUGAUGGAACCUUCACUCUCUUCUCCCCAUUUCACCCUCCUUUUUAUGACCUACACCAUGCAUUUUAAUGUCAGAACAAACCUCCUCCCCUGUAUAUAUCUUCCUUGUGAGCAAUAAAGAGAAUUGUUGCCCAUA